GGUUCCCGCUUGGCUCGAUUAGGAAGCUACUACAACAUUUCUUCGGUCUUCGGUCCGAACGCCAUCAACCGUGUUGAGACAACUUGGGGCCGGCAUGGAGGCGGGUACUGGUCAUGAGGCCAUUGUCGCGCGUGCAUUGUAGACGUGGUCAUGGGCGCCAGCCAGUCCUCUGGUGGCGAAGAGCCGGCGCAAGGAGUGAAAACUAGCUACUAUGAGUUGCUAGGCGUGCAGCGUCAUGCUACUGAAGAAGAGAUCAAGAAGGCAUAUCGCCGAAAGGCGCUGGAACUGCACCCGGACCGGAACUAUGGCAAUGAGGAGCAUGCCACAAAGGUUUUUGCAGAGGUGCAGUCCGCAUACGAGGUGCUCUCUGACCCACAGGAAAGGGCAUGGUAUGAUAGCCAUGAGUCAGCCAUUCUGCGAGGCGACGAUGUAGAUGAUGAAGAUGGAGUACCCACGUAUGAAGACGUCCGGCUCACCACAGCGGACGAUCUAGCGCGCACGGUAAGGAAGUUCAACAGUGGUGUGGAGUUCACUGACUCUCCCUCCGGUUUCUUUGGCUUCCUGCGAGAUCUGUUCAACCAGCUGGCAAGGGAAGAAGAGAUUGCUGCCAAUCGGGACGAUGCUGAAACGCCAGAGUAUCCAUCAUUCGGUCACCAAAACGACAGUUACGAAUAUGUUGCGAAGCGUUUCUAUACGGUAUGGUCCUCUUUCUCCACCGUGAAAAACUACAGCUGGAAGGAUAAGUAUAGGUUGUCUGAGGCGCCUGACCGGUGGUACCGCAGACGUAUGGAACAGGAGAACAAGAAAUGCAGGCAGGAUGGCGUUCGUGAGUUCAACGACGCAGUCCGUUCGCUUGUAGCGUUCGUGCGGAAGCGUGACCCACGCUAUGAGCCCUCCACGCAGACAGAGGAAGAGAGGCAAAAGGUCUUGCGUGAUGCGGCGGCUGCACAAGCCGCUCGAGCUCGGGCAGCGAACGAGGCGAAGCUGAAUGCCGAGGUGCCAGAGUGGACGAAGUCACGCGAGCCAGAUCCGCUUGCGGAGAUGGAAGGUACAUUCGAUGAGGAAGAAGAAGAGGAGCAUGUUUUUGAGUGCGUAGCCUGCAAUAAAAUCUUCAAGAGUGAGCGUCAAUGGGAAGCCCACGAAAAGAGUAAGAAGCACCAGAAGGCCGUUCGUGCGUUGCAGCAAAAGAUGCGCAAGGACGAUGUGCGAUUGGAUCUUGACAGUGCGGCUAGUGGUGCUGCCACGCCCAAUGUUCGUGAAGACGAGGAGGAAGUUCUGCCAGUUGAGAUACUCGCCGAGGAAGAGGAUCAUGUGAUCAGAACGAAUGGCACACUCAAUGCAGAAACCCGCGACGAGGGUUUACCUGAUUUAAGCCGCCACCACGAAGCCAGUGAGCGCCAUGCCGGUGUAGUCGAGGGUGAUGGCAAGCCCGUGCAGCCAACCAUUGGCAGUCAUGCAGACUCCGAAGAUGACGAUUAUGCGUCGCCUGAAGCCAUCCAGAACAGACUCGCCGCCUCAACAAUCAGCCAGGACGACGACCAACACGACCAAUCUUCCGAUGAAGCUGAAGAGGCUUCUAAUGCACCUAAGAAGCUGGGUAAGGCGGCCCAGAAGCGAGCGAAGAAGGCUGCAGCAACGGCCAGCAGUGACGGAACAGACGUCAACCACAAGUGCGUGGGUUGCGAUGCUGCAUUUCCAACGAAGAGCAGGCUCUUCCAACAUCUCAAAGAUCAUCCGAAGCAUGUAGCUUUCAAGUCAGGCGCUGAGGGUGUUGGAGGGAAGAAGAAGGGCAAGCCUAAGCGAUGAUCAUGACGUGCACUAUAUGACCGCGUCCCUGUUGCAUUAACUGGCAAUGCAUGACAAUCCUGCGACCGCC